CGAAUGCACCAGCAAAGCAUCCUGAGAUCUUCUGAACAGUAACCUCAACCUAUCCACCCAAACUUCGUUCCUCUUGUAUUAGUAGACAUGGUUGCCGGAGGAUGCAUGUGCGGAAAUGUCCGCUACGAGGCCGGAGGAGAGUCCGCAGCGAGCAUUCUCUGCCACUGCACAGACUGCCGCAAGAUCGGUGGUAGCGCCUAUAGCACCAAUGGUGUCUAUGACGCGGACCAGUUCAAGAUCAUCAAGGGCACCCCUAAGCAGCACAAGAAGAAUGCUGACGGCGGUAACGAGAUCAUCUCUAACUUCUGCGGCGACUGUGGUUCUACCAUGUGGCGCGAGGGAGCCACCUUCCCGGGCAAGAGGAUCGUCAAGGUCGGAACACUAGACGACACUAGCAUUCUUGACAACCUCACGAUCAAUGCUGAGUUGUACGCUGACACUAGGCCUAAGUGGGUUGGCGCGCAGCAGGGCGCUGACCAGAAGAAGAGUAUGUCGUAAGGUGUACGUAGAUUCGCAGGCAGAGACCGUUGCAUGAUACCG